AGUUGAAGAGGAUCCAAGAAUAGAUCCGCUCGCUGUGUGUAAUUUCUAGAGCAGAACCCCGAGUGAAAUGAAACGCCCUAUUGCAGAAUGACACUUGGAUGUCACCCCGGCGAACCCUGCCAAGCUGAAUACGAAGCUCCUAACGCUCAGGAAGUGGAAUUUGUGGUUUUGGGGGCUGAGCUCUGAAGGAGUUGAGAAAAAAAAGGGCAAAGUCAAACACCAGCUCUCCUUAAGGGAGGCUAAAUUUAAAGUCACCUAAACUAGCAGCCUGUGUGGCACAAAGCUGUCUGCAGCCACGCUUCCAAAUGAGCACAGCCAAGGCUGGGGAUUUAAGGCGAUUCACGGGUGGCGCCGCCAGUGAUUUGGGGUGUCCGGGGCGCGGACACAGUCGCGCAGAGUGACAGGCGCCUCGCCUUGCAGGAGCAGCCUCACCAUGCCGAGGUCUUUCCUGGUGAAGAGUAAGAAGGCGCACAGCUACCACCAGCCCCGCUCUCCGGACGAGGACUACAGCCUGCGCCUGGAGAGCGUGCUGGCCCAGAUCUGUGCAGACAGUAAGAUCCCGGGAGAGACGGGUCUGUGCAGCUCCGGCCUCCGGGACCCGGAGCCCCCCCGGGGCCGCUCCUCCCCGGAAUCCCACCUGAGCGAGGCCGUCGAUGGCGCUUCCGACUCGGCUCCCAGCUGCGAGGGCAGCGUCUGCGACAGAGCGUCGGAGUUCGAGGACUUCUGGAGACCCCCGUCCCCGUCCGUCUCGCCAGCGUCUGAGCGUUCUGUCUGCCCCUCCCUGGAUGAGGCGCCCCCAUUCUCAGUGCCCUUCAAGCCAUAUGCAUGGAGCACCCUGGGCAGCUCUGAGCUGAGGCAUUUGGUGCAGAACUACAGGCCCUGCCCAACGUUGGAGCGUAGCUCAGCCCUGGGGCUCUUCUGUGAGCGGAGCUCGGAGUCUGCCCUCUUUGGGGCAGACUGUGGCUCAGCCCUGAGACUUUAUAGUGACUUCAGCUCCCCUGGGCUGGGACUCUUCGAGCGGCCAUCAGCAGCAACACCCGGCCUCUAUGCAGAGGCCCAGCCUGGGCUGCAGCAGGAGAAAGGCCCAGGUGGGAUCAAGGUGGAGUCAGAGCUUCUGUGCCGCCCAAUGCUGAUCAGCACUGGCUCCUACAAGUGCGUCAAGUGCAGCAAGGUCUUCUCCACCCCACAUGGCCUGGAGGUGCAUGUACGCCGCUCGCACAGCGGCACCAGACCCUUUGCCUGUGACAUGUGUGGCAAGACCUUCGGCCAUGCGGUCAGCCUGGAGCAGCACAAGACUGUGCACUCCCAGGAACGCAGCUUUGAUUGUAAGAUCUGCGGCAAGAGCUUUAAGAGAUCUUCCACCCUGUCCACCCACCUGCUCAUCCACUCGGACACCCGGCCCUACCCGUGUCAGUAUUGUGGGAAACGGUUCCACCAGAAAUCUGACAUGAAGAAACACACUUUCAUUCACACAGGUGAGAAGCCCCACAAGUGCCAGGUGUGUGGGAAAGCCUUCAGCCAGAGCUCCAACCUCAUCACCCAUAGUCGUAAGCACACCGGCUUCAAGCCCUUUGGCUGCGAUCUGUGUGGCAAAGGCUUCCAGAGGAAGGUGGAUUUAAGGAGACAUCGGGAGACACAACACGGUCUGAAAUGAGACCCAGCUGCGAUACAGAAAGCACCUACAACACUAUGUGAAGAGACUCCCUUCCUUCCCUGAUGGCCCUGAGUCAUGCCCUUUAGCACAGACCCUGGCAUUACUUUUUGGGGAAGGAUCUCAGGGAGGAUAGGAUGGGACACAGCUUUGAAAGUUCAACCAGAAGGACUCUGAAAGUGGAUCUGAAAGGCUGGACUUUCUCUCUCACAACACUGGAAAAUAAAUAUUUCCAUCUGAAACCUGAAGCUCCAAGUGUGGAUAAGCUAGAAAAUAUCGGUGAACUGGAAAGUCCAUCACCCAUGGCAAAGAUGAAUUCCUUCAUCUUUUUAUUUUUGAAAUUAACUUGCAGGGAAACAGAGUUUACAUGAUAAACACACUGAGC